AAUAGGACGAAGGCAGCGAAUUUAAAAAGGAGCCGCGGUCGCUGGUCAACGUCAAUGUUUCAUAUGAAAACAACUCUCUGGUCUCUGAACAAGGGGCAACAAGCGGCUUUCAACACAGCAAAGAUACAAUGGCCAACGUAAUCUUUGCAGAGCAGGAGAAUGCAUGUGUCCAUGCACCUACACUUAAGAUGCGGCAGCGACUUCAGUCUGCUCCAGAGAAACUCGUGAAAUCUCCUAUGAUUGCCAAAACCUUAAACACACCUCUCCCAUCUGGUCGUAAGGCUUUUGGUGUUGUCAACAAAAAAAUCUCAACACCUGCUGUCAGCGCACAGGAGAAGAAACUCCUAAAGCCACAGGAAACUAAAGUCAAACAUGCUCCUCAGACCAAAGUGGAGGAAUAUCCAGAAAUUGAGAAUUUUAUCCCUUAUGACCCACUAGAGUUUGAGAAGUACAGCAUACCUGAAGAUUUGGUUCCUCUCAGUGGCUUUGCUCUGCCUGGACUGGCCUGUUUCUCACAAGCUCCACAUCUGUGUGAGGAGGACCUGGAAGAGUUUGAUCCUCUCCCAAACCUGUCACCUGUAAAAAUGCCAAAACGUUCAGAUUAUUGCUCAGAGCUGGACGCCUUUCUUCAAACACUUGAUGAGCUGACUGUUGAACUUCCUCCAGAAUCUGUUACCGACUGAAUGUUAAUGCAUGUUUUUGUUAGGACACUUUCUUUUUACUGAAAUAAAGUUAUUUUAUCCCUC